CAGCCGCUCUCUCAGAUUAUCAACCCACUAUUUUCACUUCUGAGCAGUGCUUCCAUAUCACGAAGAAUCCGUUUGAAAUGGCUGAUGCACGUAGAGGGAACAGAGGAGAUAGGACCAGGCGUAGUUGGUCCGGAAAGGAAGAAGAAAUCUUGGCUGCAACAAUGAAGGAGCUUGUGGCUCAAGGGUGGAAGUCUGAUAAUGGCUUUCGAUCCGGAUACCUCAACAAAAUUGAAGAAGCCCUAAAACGUGAGUUCCCAACCUCGGAUAUUAAGGUCAAUCCUCAUGUUCAGUCAAAGAUCUGUUCUUGGAAGAAGAAUUAUUCCUCCUUGGUUACUAUUAUGGGCCGAAGUGGUGUAGGCUUUAAUAGCAAUGGUGAUUUCAAAAUUGAUUGUGAAGACGAUCAAUGGGCGCAAAUAAUGAGGAUCGAUAGCAAUGCUCGUUUCAUGAGAAACAGGUCAUGGCCUUUCUGGGAGGAUUGGAAGAUAAUUUUUGGCAAGGAUAGAGCUACUGGGAGUAAUGCUGAGGACGUGAUUGAUGUUGUGAAUGCAUUGUAUUCACAACAGAAUUUGGAGAAUACCGACACAAUCCCUGGUGAAGAUUUCAGCCUCAACGGUUUGUCCACUGAAGAGGGAGUAAGUGAGAGCUUGGGGACUAAUGCAACAGCUGACAGUGGGGCUGCACGUGAGAGGGCUACUGACAGUGGGACUGCACGCGAGAGGGCUGCUCCUCCACCAAAGCGAUCAAAUAAAAGGCGGAAGGGAGAUGAUGGGCUGGAUAGAAUGUACACCCUUCUACAUAAAAUGCAUGAAGAUGCCAAUGCACGAUUGCAAUUGCUAUCAACCAGGAUCGGGUAUGAAGUUGAUCUUAGUCAAGCAAGGAAGGAUGUGUUCGAUCGUUUAGGUGAUAUUCCAGGACUUUCAAUGGAUGACAAGUUUGAUGUGUGCGAAAUGCUUGCGAAGGAACCGGAUCGAUUGGAUAUUUUUAUGGGGCUGCCGGAGAAUGCUAGGUAUGCAUAUGUUAUGCGAGUCUUGCUGGAGAAGCGAGAGAAGCGUGGAAAUUGAAGUUGCAACUGAAGAUGUUGAAAGGGAAAAAACGAGAUAGCUUUUUGAAUGGAUGAGGCGGUUCACUUUCUUUUUGGUGCUUAGCUUUUGGUGUUAGACUUGUUUUGCAUAAUACUUCUACUACUCCAUAUGCACUUACCUGCCCCUUUGAAAAUUUUGCUGAUAUUUGGAUAGUAAUUCGACUCCAUAUAUUGUCAAUU